AUGAGCUCUGCGAAUGGACAUGCAGAGAACGGCAAUGGAGGCCUUGAUACUUCCGAGCAUUCCGAUGGAAUAGGCCUGGGGUCUCACCCUGACGCACCUAUCGAAGGGCCUCAACUUCACGAGCUGCAAGAGGGCAACCCGACCCCGCUGCCCAGGUUUCUCGAGGAAGACGGCCUCAGCAAGCAUUGGAAAUGGGUCCCUUAUCCAGUGAGGAAAUUCGGCAGGGCCGCAGCAAGAUGGGCAAAGGGACCUCAAAGUCCAGUCGUCUUCCAUAUCGAACCUAUCUUCCCAGCCAUCCAGCAACUCCCGAUCACUCUUCUCGACAAGUAUUUGCCCAGGAGAAAGCACCGUUUCUGGGCCUUUGUGGCGUAUCUUUUCCUAUGGCUUCUGACUUUUUCCGUUGUCAAGCGGCAAGAGAGCAGCAUCACUGAGCUCAAGCCCUGGGGUAAGCCACAGGAGAUCGGCUGCGGAGCUUACUUUUGGGGUCGGGGCAACAGCUGCGACUUGAAUGGAAAUAAGUGUCGCCCAUUCAAGGGUAGCGAGUUCCCGUUCAGAUGUCCAGCCAAUUGUGCCAGCUACCAACUGAGUGAACCGCGUGCGGUUGGCGACCAAGAGAUCAACUAUCGACAGCUCGUCAUCGGUGGUCCGGUUAAUAGCACUGACCAGCAUGGUGCUUAUAGGGGUGAUUCUGUUAUUUGUGGUUCUGCAAUCCAUGCUGGGGCAAUUUCCAAUGCUGAAGGGGGUUGUGGCGUCAUCAAACUUGUUGGCAAACGAAACAACUACUACAGCACCCUUCGACAUGGCAUUGAGAGCAUCGGUUUCGACUCGUACUUCCCUCAGUCCUUCCUCUUUGAGAAGACCGUCCAGUGCAAGGCUCGAGAUAUGAGGUGGCCAUUACUUGUGGUCGAUGUCAUCUUCACGACAAUCCUAUCAUUAUUCACCACCUCACCCGCGCUCUUCUUCUUCACCAUAUUCUCGGGCAUUUUCUGGCACGUCGGCUUGGUCUCAGAUCCCCCUACACACAGCUCGUUCCGUGAGCUGUUCACCAUAAUCAUUGGAAAAUACGUGCCUGUCAUGUUUGUGACCUGGGUCAUCUUCGACAAAAUGGCAGUGCGACGUACCCUAACAGGACUGACAGCACAGAUCGAGAAGACGAUUCUGUGGCUCGGCGCAUGCUGGGUGGGCGCGCUCGAUAACUAUACCCUCAGCCCGAACAUACCUAUCAACAGACUAAACGCACACGAUAUCUCCCAGCAGCCUGGAGGUGUGCUCGCCUUGCUCAUCAUCGUCGGUAUCAUAUUCUUCAUCGUUGUGAAGCAGAUUUGGUUCUUCCGCCAAGAAGGACGCCUCAUUCGUUACGGAGCGCUCUAUCUUGGUCUAGUCGGUGGCGUUAUAUUUUGUAUCUUCCUGAAGAUCUGGGACCUCAAUCUUCGACUCCACCACUAUUUCCUCGCGCUCCUGCUGCUUACAGGCACAAGCAUGCAGACUCGCCCUGCUCUUCUAUACCAAGGCCUAUUGGUAGGACUAUUCAUCAACGGAAUCGCUCGCUGGGGCUGGGACCCAAUCCUCCAGACUUCGUAUGCAUUGCGAGGCGACGGGCAACUUGGCUCCGUACUCCCUACACUUGCAACCACGCCAGACAUUCAGGUGGGACAUACUGUGUCAAACAUCACUUUCCACUGGGACUCGCCGCCCAAGAGGAACAUCAGGCUCGAUGGCAUCAGCCUUCUCGUCAACGACGUGGAACGGUUCAGGGGCUUUUUCGAUGACGACGAGGACUUCGAAGAUAAGGCCUUCACAUGGAAUAGGAAAGCCGACAAGGAUCUAAAGGAAUACUUCCGUUUCGCGUAUGUUUCUGGGACAAGGAGUCUUGACUACACCAAGGCCGGUGUGUGGGACAAGGAUUUCGAAUGGGAAGCUAUGAGGCCUGGAGCGUCUAGCAUCGGCAAGCGGAGCAGUGAUAGCGAUAUCAAAGUAGACCUUUGA